AACCAGGCCUUGAAGUCAGACCUGAAGUACUUUUUUACAGUGUCUUGCAUCACUUGUUAUCUGUGAGGAGGAGGGUCAGCAGUAUGGGUAGGACAGAUAAAGUUUGUUGCUGUGGCCAUAAACCUACCUGUUCCUAGAAAAUUCCCUAAUGCUGAUGCCCACAGAAAUGCCCAUUGCCUGUGUGCAGCACAUUCUCUCAUUUCACCUGCUCCCAGGUACCUGCCCCUACAGACUAAAACGUCUCUGGUGUGUUGCUGUCGCUGGUCCUCACUCUGGAACAAUAUUCCUCUUAUUUGCUGGUGAGGGGGAUGGCAGGAAUUUUUUCUUGAAAUGUUAGUUCUCCCUUACCAGGGAGGGCUGCUAGCAGUUGUUAGCCUUCCCCCAGUAGGUUCUGAGCUUUGUACAUUCACAUUUGUGAAUGUGACUGUGCCAUGUGACCGUAACUGCAGAAUGAAUACUUCUGACUAUGUGUUCUCAUGUUAUGUGUUUCAGCAGUGUAUGUUGAAAUUUGGACAGCUUUUGUGUUUUUUGAUUGUAUUUUGUCUUCCAGGAAAUUGGCACUAGAGUUAAAAAGUAGAUUUUGUUACACAUUCAGUUGCUAUUAUGGUUGCCUGAAUGCAGUUCUCGGUUUGAUGGAAAAGAAGCAGAAAUGCCUUACUUGCAGUACUUACCUGAAUCUGGGAUUGAAUUAUUUUCUACUUCUGGUGCUGGUGUUUAUCUUGGCACCUUUUUGGUCAGGCAGAGGGAAGUCAAGUCACUGAAUGUAAGAUGCCAUCUACUCCCCUUUCCCCACUUAGAAGGAUAUUGAGAGAAUAAAAUUCAAGUUAAAUGAGACUUACGCUAAGGAAAGUGCUACAUCCUUUCCUCUGAUCAGGAAAAGUGUUGGGAAAUACUGGGUGUAUCUUUGAUCUGUUUUCCAAGAGCUCAGCCUAGUCAUCUGCACAUGGGUGGAGAGGCAAGAGGUUCCAGCUGCAGCCCAAACCAAUUCUCUUUAAGAUGUGGGUGGCUGGAGGCUGUUUGCUUUUCAUUUUGAUGUGCAGACAAUAAACACUUCUUUAAGUGCUUUUUACAUUUGUUAAUAAUAUCACCUGUGCUUUACACUGCUUUUCCCCUCCUUGACCCUGUUUGUCUCCUUCUCCAGUUCAGUAAUGGUAGGCUCCAUGUGUUGCAGGUCACAUGAUUCCAUGACAUGUGUGUGUAUAUAUAUGUGAGAUGCCUGGGGACUCUGCUCAGACUGCGCUGAACUUCCCUCUUCAGAGCUACUCAUCAUUUCAGAGAAGUCACCUGCCACCAUGAUGCCUGGGGGCUUAUCUGACACCAAGCCAGCUACACCAGAAGUUCAGCAGCUUGUUAACCAGGUGAAGUCACAGUUUGAAAGCCGUGCAAACACAAACUGUGCUGCCUUUACAGCCAUAGUAUAUAAGACUCAAGUGGUUGCUGGGACAAUGUACUUUAUUAAGGUCCAAGUUUCCAAUGCUGAAUAUGUCCACCUAAAGGUGUUUCAGAGUCUUCCUCAUGAGAACCAAGGUCCCAGCCUUGUCAGUUUUCAGACUGGCAAAACCAGAGAUGACCCUCUGACCUACUUCUAAGACCUGAUGAAGUGCAGUGCCUCACCUCUGCAAAUCCUAUGGGGGUUCUGCCUGUGAUAGUAAAUAAAAUAAAUUUGGAAAGCUGUUGUCCAUA